GCUAUAUAGCGGACGCCUGCGCAAGCGCACGGCCCCGCCGUCCUCGCCUCCCCUUCGCACUCGCUCCAGCUCGGCUGCUUCUACUCCGGCACUGCAGCCUGCCUCGCGCCCCCGCCUCGAUCUCCGACGUCGCCGCUCGCGCGUCCGUGAGGCCGUGGCCCGUGGGCGAGCGGCGAGCCGCGGGGCCUGGCGCAUGACGAUGAAGGGGCUGCUCCGGUGCGUGUCGACGGGGGCCUGCAGGGUGACGCCGGGCGCCGUGGCCGAGCCGGCGCCGGCGUGGCACGGGGCCGUGGGGAAGGUGCCGGCGGGGCACGUGCCGGUGGAGGUCGGCGCCGAGGGGGAGGAGACGGAGCGGUUCGUCGUCCCCGCCGAGCUGCUGGGCCGCCCGCCCAUCGCCGAGCUGCUCUGCCGCGCCGCGCAGGAGUACGGCUACGCGCGCCGGGGGCCGCUGCGCAUCCCGUGCCCCGCGGCCGCCUUCCGCCGCCUCCUCGGCGCACUCGCCGGAGCGGGUGCCGGCGACGGUGGGCUCGCCGUCGCCUACCUCACCGUGGUCGUCUGAGGUCGGAGAUCCUCCUAGCGUAGCGGACUAGCGGUUCGAUUUCCUUGAGGCGUGGCUGUGCAGGCCACAGGCGUGCGUUGUCGCUGUUAGUGUUUCUUGCUCCACUAGAGGUUCCAUUUGCUUCUUCUUUUUCUUUCCUUUUUUGUGUAAUAAUAUGUAUGUAAAUAUGUAAAUCCGGAUCGACGAUAUGUUCAUUCAGUCAUUCUAUAUACUUGUAGCAUAAAUCUUCGCCCUUUUCCGUUAUCA